CGCGCAGCUGUUAAUUGUGAAACACACGGGGUUUGAUCAUGCAGUUUAGAAAAUUACAGAUACAACCGGAUGCACGGGUUAGCACGAGGGCAGGGCGGUCUUGAGACCGCAGCCUGUUUUUCUAAUCGUCCGUAAUGGGGCAGCACUGCGCCAUUUGGCGCAACAGCAGAAGAGCAAGAGCCGCAUUAGAAAGUGCAGGAAAUAACGGACUCGCGCUUCGCAGGUCCAACUGCCAUCGUACUCGCCUUCAUUUUUGACAGAAGCCCUCGUUCAGACGAAAGGAAAGAUGUCCGAGUCUGAGGAGGCUUACGAAAGUGCCGACGAGGAUGUGGACGAAUCGAAGCCGAAGAAGCGCGGGCGAACGACGUCCGAGAAGCUGGGUGAGAUCAAAGAGACCGAGCCGCCCGACUGCAAAGCCAAGGGGGACGGAUCGUGUCCCGAAGUCGGCGACGACGCUCAAAGCGAUGGUGCGAGCGAGAAGCGGGACGCUGCAACCGCCGACAACGACGCCAAGACUGGCUCCGAAACGAAGAGUAAAGACGAUGCGGCAGAGACGCCACCAGCUAAGGAGAUGGGUGUCCUAGAGCGCCUUGCGCAGGUUGCCUCUAGGGAUGAGAAGAGCUCACCGAUCAACUGGGGCUUUGGAAAGUGGGGAUCAUCCAUUCUGUCUACAGCUGCAACAUCUGUAAGCACCUUCACGAACCAAGUCUCACAGGGAAUUGGAACUGUCAUCGAGACUGUGGAGUCAACCCUCGGUGCUCCAAAUCCAGAAGAACUUGCUCAGGAACUGGAAAGUGCAAAACUCGAAACGCAGCCAGAUGCCUCCUCGGCUCAAGUCACUUCUGACGCAGACCAGUCCAAGACUCCUCAGACUGAGGAUAAGCACGACAGUCCAGGAGUAGGUGGUAUCUUCAGUGGUGUCUCAGCUAUCGCCAAAGCCGUUGAAGCCACUGGUUCUAAAGUGCUGAGUGGCGGUCUUGACACACUGGAGAUGAUCGGCAAGAAAACCAUGGACAUCCUGACCGAAGGAGACCCUGGCUUGCGAAAGAAAAGAGGCAUGUUCGAAGGAAAGACAAGUCUCUCCGAGGUGCUGCGUGAGGCAAAGAUGAAGGCCGAAAAAGAAGCCGAGGAGAGGAAAGCCGAGGAAGCCGAGGAAGUGGUCAACUACAGCAAGCUUUUCGAUGAGCACCAAGGUCUUGUGCAUCUGGAAGCACUAGAAAUGCUGUGCGGAGAGCGGAAGACAGCUGUGCAGCAGAAACUGAUGGAAGCUCGGGAAGAGGAGAGGGCUGAACUGGAUGCCUUGCUCGAAAAAAUAAAGAGGACUUGUGAGAGCCUGCCUGCGACUGACGAUACUCCAGAUGAUGAGCUUGAACAAGAGUUUGAAAAGUUGGUGACGGGCCACCUUUCUGAAAUUGGCCUCAACCUUAGAGGGGAGAAACUGAAAGAGACUGACCUUGAAGUGAGAGAGUGGCUUCGAGACUGCACAGAACGACAAGAAAAAGGGGAAAAGGUGGAUGCAAAGGAGAUUUACAGGCGAGGCAUUGAGACCCUGGCCGAAAUGACAGCAAAAACCAUGGAGCUGUACCACAAGGUUGCUGAACUUCUACUCGUGAAGUCUACACCUGACCGGACGCCCAUGCACUACGCUAGUCAACUCACAGGCCUGACUGCGGUGCUUUGCACUGAAGUGGCCAUCCUGUCUGCCCAAUGCGGUCGCUGCCUCAACACAGCAGCGGAUGACUCGGAAGACCCAGACUCAGUGACACCAUUGAUAACGAAUAUCUAUUUGGAGGCCUCAAAUAGCAACACCUACAUCCAAGAUGGCUUCCAGCUCCUGGUUCCCAUACUACAGCUGCUUGCUGUGCAACAAAAACUUGACUGAGGGAUGGCUUCGGGAUUCCGAUGCCAACUUGUGCGCAGCAGUGAUUCGCGAUAGAGUACUGCACAUGGUUUUGAAUGUUUCCCUCGAUUUGAUAGGUUGAAUGUGUUGGCACAGUUAUUGGGCGUGUAGUGUCACACAGGUAUUGCCUAGAAGUGGUCCUAUAAUGGAAGUGUUUGAUUCCCAUGGUAUUGAUGGCAAAGCCAUCAGCCUUGAUUGAGCAAGCUGAGAACGUACAUAAUUUCCUAGUGUCAGCUGGUUGCCCAUUCAGAUCUUCAUGUUUGGUUAAAACUAGAUAGUUUAUGGCAACUUCAGGAACUUGCUCACCGCAUAAUAUGCUGCACAGGUGGCAAUUGCUCAGCGCAUCUGUAUGACAACACACACAUAAGCUUUCUUUCGCAUUGUAAACUUACUUGAACAACACGAUUUUCUGCGAAUGGCACUACUAACGAAUUGCACUUCGUGAAUUUGUGAUUGCAAGAUGAAGAUGAGAUUAUUACAUGUACAUACUCCAAGUACAUUAAGAAUUGCAUGCUUGCUAUGUUUGCAGUGCCGGUUAAACCACUACAUUGACUGUUACCGCAGACACUUGCAGUAGCGUACGGAUAAGACACUGUGUCCACAUUGCUAAGCCAGCUCUCUGAAGAUGUAGCUUUCCGUCUGGAAUGUACACCUUGGGUAUUUAGAGCUCAGUGGUGGCCAUCAGCAAAAAUAAGGCACGCCAUUACAAAAAUGCAUUUUAAAAUGUUGAGCAGUGCUAGUGCAUGCUUCUAUAGUCAGUUACAGACAGACACAGAACUUUAUUGAGGUCUUGAGGAACACUACCUCAGCCUAAGAAUAAUUAUAAACUUCCCCCACAGCGGUCCAUCCCAGGCAAAGUUUUAAUAAAUAUCCCACUAACUUGAACCGCUUAUUUAUGCAACGUCGGAACCUUUCACGCAUUUCAGGCAUGUGACUUUCUGUGCAGGCAUUUGUUCAUUUUAGUAGUUAUUGGUCGAAAAAUUUUACUGCUCGGCAAAUUUCAUAAAAAAUUGCAACAUCACUUAUCAGCCAAAUGUAACAUUUUAACAAGAAAUGACCAACUUUUAUUUCACAAUAUGCAUAGUAUUUGCAUUAUCAGCAAAAAAAUUCCUAAUUCUACGAAUGGGAAUAGCCAAUCAUUGCUCUUUUACACAGGUGAAUGACAGGCGCGCUGCAGUACUGGGGGCAAAGCCCUUAUUUAUUCUUGGGUUGUAGCCGACUAUAGGUCAAUUUUUUCUUUUCAGUAGUCAGGAAUGCAACAAGCUGUAUUUUUAAGCUUUUUCUGCAUCCACCCCAAGCUCGCUGUCCAACUGAGUUUAAGCUGAUACAUUUAGCAUGUUAAAAAAACAAAAUUAACUAAGCCAAAUUGCAUAAAAAAUUUUGUCCUCUCUAAGAACAGUGUGACAUGUGGCAAUUCUAUAUCGGUGAAACGCAUCAUUUUGUGCAUCUAUCCAAGAGGCGCUCAAAAUAUCUGCCUGCACACACACUCUAAAGCAGGGCAACUGUAACAGUGUACGUUUUCUAUGUGUGCUUGCGCUGGCAAAAAGAUGAUGCAUGCUGAUAUGUACAAACAAUGGAACGGCAUGUUGCACUUCGACUUAGAUGAUGACUUCAGGGCACAAUGGUGCUCGUUAGUUUAAGCUGCUAGACUCUACGCACAUGCUGCAUAUCUGGCCUCACUUUAGAUUAACAGACGUAACUUUGCUGAUCAGUCUUGAGCUCUUAACAUGCCUAACGUGUUAAGACUUAUGAGUGUUUAGGCGUCUGCUAGCUGCGGCAUCAAUAUUUUCUCACGCCUGUUAUUGCUUCCGCAUGCACAUAUAACUGUGUUGGAAAUGGUGCCUGCGUGCUGGUAUGUUUGUGUAAAUAAAUGUUGUAAAACUGAUAUUUCGCACAAAGCUAUCCAGGGCAACCCAAAUGAAAACAGUAAGUAUCGAUAUGCUACUGAUAUACUGCAUUUGCAUGAUGUUGUUGUACCAUUGAUUUUCAGUCCAGAUGCUUCCAUGCAUUUACCAGCAAAUUUAGUUGAAGGAGUCGAGUAAAACCUUCAUUAUGCUCCGAUAUACAAAUCCCAAUUGCUGCAGUUUAAAGACUGUUGCAACACAAAUGCUUUCUUUUCGUUCUGCUCUUGUAGUCACAUUGUAAGCAUGAGGCUGAAGACAAGUCUGAUAAUAUUAUCUAACUCUGUCAACUAUGUUUGGACAUGUGACUUAUGUACAGUCAUUCCUUUGGUACUAUAAAUAUUUUUAUCAAAGACAUCCAGAGGAAUUGUCAUUUAGGUGCUACAUGUUGUCAGGCUCAGACACCACACUCUUGGUGGUUAUAUUAUUAGCUGCGUGAAACGGAUGAACAUAGCUCAUGACGUUGAAAACAAGUAAACUGUAACGCAAUUCUUGGGUGUUGACAAGCAACUAUUGGUUUUUAUGUUUGACGCUACAGCAUUCCCUAUUCUCUGUCUUAAAUUUUACUUUAGUCAUGACAUUACGGUAUCAACUCAGCUUUCACUUCGAAGUAAUUAAGUUAUCGUUUACAGUAAUAAGCACCACAACGAAUAAUCAUUCCUGACGCAAACAUACCAUUAGCACGGAGGUUGACAAGUUUAGCUGGAUGAUCCAAUAAACACUCAAGAACUUGUUUGCUGGAACUCUGCAACCUUCAGUUGUCCUCCAAUAGCACCGAGAAUGCACUAUGUCCUCAGCUUUGCACUGCCCAUAUCUGCAACCACGGUUUUUACGUCUGCAUUUGUCUGUGCACAGAGCUUGAAAUUAAUGCCCUAUUUUUCACCAAGUAGUCAAGAUAAGGUAAUCUUGUGCUUGGACUUCCGGAAUCCAACAUUUGAUAGCAAAGCUCCAACGAUAAUGACUCUUCUGCAUUUAGAAUAGUUGUGUAUGUCCUGGCUGUACGUACAAGUGUGUGUGUUUACAACAGAAGCCUUAUUCCUUUUUCUUUCUUUGAAUGCAAUCCGCAUGGGAAGAAAGUAGAACUUGGCUGCACUAGCAGCUCAUUUUAUGUCUGUGCAUUACACUCGUUAGAAGUUGUGGGUCAUUGUUGUUCAACACUCCUUGCAUUUUCGAUGAGCCUCACAUUCUGCCUGGUGCUGUAAACUUGCACUGGUGUUCGAGAAUGGCUCAUGUGUAAUGGUAUGGCAUCACUGGCCAUUUUAUUUCAGGCGUGACUUUAAUGCAGGUGCCACUGUACAGUAUGUAACAUAGCGAGACAGUUUUUUCUGCUUGCUUGUGGAAAGCGUGAUCGCGAAACUGCUUUGCCUGUAUUAUGUUCACUUAUUGCACGCUGGGUGCUGUGCUCAAUAAAGAGACUGAGAUUAAAAC